GUACAUCGCAGGAUAUGUAUUAAAAACAAUGCUACUUUAUACUUCUUCUACUGCUACUUUAUUCUAAUUAAUUAUUUGUUACUUGUGUUGUUAAUUACAAUUCUCAAUCCGUAAAUAAUUUCUUCUUUCUACCGUGUUCGUACUACUGUCCUCGUAAAAUCAUCGUAACCGAUUGUUGUAAUCGGAUUACAUGAACAUCACUCGACCAUGUAUGUCCAUUUGGACAUAUCGGAAUGGCACGCUUUGACGAUCAACUUGCUGUAUCUACUCUAAUCCAUAUCUGUGGUAACGAUCCAGUGAACGAUUGAGCAAAUUGAUUUUAAAUUAACAAUGUCUACAAUCUACAUCACUUGACCAUGUAUAUCCAUUUGGACAUAUCGGAAUGGCACGCUUUGACGAGCUCUCCCCAUAAUUAUACGCUAAAUUUUAACGUCUCCAAUACAAACGUAAAAAUUAGCGUAAUCGGGGCCCUGUGCUUGCGGGUGUCUAUUCUUGUUUCGUGUACCGAAAGAAAUCAAACUGUCAUUAGUGUCAGUCAGGUAGAUUUCCAUUCAAGCAAGUAAAAAAAAGUGAAUUCUGGUGAAUUCGUUUAACAUCAAGCCUUUCAUGUUGUGUGAGGCAACUUUUUUGGUUUUAUCUCUAUAGUGAGAAAUGUCGUGCAGUGUUGAGUAAUUGAAUUACGCUAAUUGUAUUAUAAUUUGCUUUUGUAUGUUUACAUCUUGAAACGAAGUACAAUGCCUUUGGCCAAUUCCUCGGAUCCUUGGCGAAUGCAGAAUGUAGAUGGCACGCGUACUAACCCAGGACAGCCUCCAAACAGUCUUCCAAUGGUUGUGGAGAAUUCAGCUGAGUCCCGUCAGGCAUCUACAGCAGAGAGCCAAGAUUCAAAUGAGAUCAACUAUGAAAGAGAGGUGGAACUGCAAGAUGUGGUCAAGGAGGGCCAUGAGAAGGCGGACCCUUCUCAGUUUGAAUUGCUUAAAGUGCUUGGAGAAGGCUCCUUUGGGAAAGUGUUCCUUGUGAGAAAAGUUUCAGGUGCUGAUGCUGGCACUCUAUAUGCUAUGAAGGUACUUAAAAAAGCAACUUUAAAGGUGCGUGACAGAGAACGUACAAAAAUGGAGAGAAAUAUUCUAGUAGAAAUGGGACAUCCAUUUAUUGUUAAAUUACAUUAUGCAUUUCAAACUGCCGGGAAAUUAUACUUAAUAUUAGAUUUUCUUCGUGGCGGUGACUUAUUUUCUCGAUUGAGCAAAGAGGUCAUGUUCACUGAAGAAGAUGUCAAGUUUUACUUAGCUGAACUGGCAUUAGCAUUAGAACAUGUACACAAAUUGGGAAUUAUAUACAGGGAUCUCAAACCUGAGAAUAUAUUAUUAGAUGCUGAUGGUCAUAUUGCUCUCACAGAUUUUGGUCUGUCAAAGUUGCCUCCAAGUAGUGAUAAAGCUUAUAGCUUUUGUGGUACCGUAGAGUACAUGGCCCCUGAGGUGGUGAACAGAAGAGGCCACACUUUUGCUGCCGACUGGUGGUCUUUUGGAGUACUUAUGUUUGAAAUGCUUACAGGAAAUUUACCUUUCCAUGGAUCUACAAGACAUGAAACAAUGACUCAAAUCCUGAAGGCUAAACUUGGAAUGCCCUCAAAUCUCAGUGAAGAGGCACAGUCUUUGCUCAGAGCAUUAUUUAAAAGGAAUCCACAAAACAGACUGGGCGCUGGACCAAAUGGCAUUGAAGAUAUCAAAUGCCAUGAGUUCUUUGCAAAUAUAGAUUGGGAUGCUUUGCUGAAAAAAGAGGUUGUGCCGCCGUUCCGUCCCGCGGUGUCCAGGGCAGACGACGCGUUCUACUUCGACUCGGAGUUCACCUGCCGCACGCCCCGGGACUCGCCCGGGGUGCCCGCCUCGGCUAACGCUCACGAGCUGUUCAGGGGCUUUAGUUUCGUCGCUCCAUGUUUGCUGACCGAUGAUAAUAAAACACUCACUAACAACCAGAAUCAAAAUCACGCCGUCAACCAAAACGCCAAAACAUCAACCGAAGAGUUUUGGUCUGGAUUUGUUAAUAGAAACAAUUUCUUUGAUGAAUACAGGUUAAUGGGCGAAUUGGGCACAGGAUCGUUUUCGGUCGUGCGUCUUUGUGAACACAAGACGUCUAAAGUUCAAUAUGCAGUAAAGAUUAUGGAUAAGUUGCAGUACGAUCCUCGGGAAGAAAUUGAGAUACUAUUGAGAUACAGCCAACACCCUCACAUAAUAACGCUCCGCGGCGUUUACGAAGAAGGCGGUCGCAUACUAGCGGUCACGGAGCUGUGCCGCGGCGGGGAACUGCUCGAGCACAUCACGCAGCGGCGCUACCUGCCGGAGCACGAGGCGGCGCCUGUGCUGCGCAACGUGCUGCAAGCCGUGCACUACCUGCACAGGCACUGCGUCGUGCACAGAGACAUAAAACCAUCGAACAUUUUGUUCGCGACAUCAGAACGAAAACCUGAUGACAUCCGCUUAGUCGACUUUGGUCUCGCGAAGCAACUGCGCGCUGAGAAUGGUCUUUUGAUGACGCCAUGUUACACCGCCAACUUCGUUGCGCCUGAAGUUUUGAAACGAGCGGGCUAUGAUGCUGCGUGUGAUAUAUGGAGCUUAGGUGUGCUAGCAUACAUUAUGCUAUCCGGUAGGACGCCAUUCGCUUCGACAGGGGACGACACCCCUGAAGCUAUAUUAGCUAGGAUCGAAUCUGGAAAGGUGGAGCUGUCGAGCGGCGUGUGGCGCGGCGUGUCGGGCGAGGCGCGCGGCUGCGUGCGGCGCAUGCUGCAGCUGGAGCCGGCGCUGCGGCCGCGCGCCGCCGACCUGCUGCGCGAGCCCUGGCUGCAGCCCGGCCAGCCCGCGCCCGCGCCCGCCGCGCCGCUGCCCGACGCCGACGCGCCGCCGCCCGCCGCCGACCUGCGCCGCGCCGUCGACCUCACCUUCCAGGCCAUGACAGCGUCUCCCCUGACCCCGCAAGUCCUCGGUCCGGUGUCGCAGUCCACUCUCGCGCAGCGUCGCAGCAAGCCGCAGCGUCGAUUCCCGCCUACACAACUUUAGACACGCAGGUAUACGAGUAUCUUAAGUGACACAAGGCAAGAAACAUUCGAGCCAACCGACGAGUUCGCAAAUGAAUCUAUUGUGGAUCUCACAUAUCCACUUGAAGAUUUCGUGUCAACGACAGACGUUUUUCAGAACGUCAAAAUGAAACAAAUAUUGAACUAUGACUAAUUAUUAUUGACUAAUUGCGAUAGCGAUUUGCCUGAUUUAUCGAAUAAAUGACACAAAUUAACUACUUUGUAAGAAUAUUGAAUUUAAUAUGCCGAAAAUUAAGUUAUAAAAACAUCAUGUGAUCGUCAAAACAUUUACGUCGAAUAAGCAAUUUUUGUUUAUCAAAAAUAUUAAUAUAUUGUAUGCAUUUCGAACAAAUCUAAUUUAUUAACAUUCCAUUUUCGCAUUCAAUUAUGUUAUACAAAAAUAUGUGAAUGUUAGGAAAAUAUGUAUAUGUGAGUGGUCUUCCUUCAAAAUGAUUACAUAUAAGCGAUGAACAUUAAAUUUUUAAGCAUGAGUUGCUUGCCCACCUUAUUACUUUUUGUAGUCCUAUCUGUGCCAUUAGAAUUAAAUCAAACUUAAUAUGUUUUACUAUGAUAUAACUUGUAUGUUCUAUUGAAAGUGCAAUAUAUUUUUUACAUGUCACAAAAGUAUCUACCUACCACCUAUAAUACAAAUGAAUAUAUUUUUGUGAAUAGAUUUAUUUUUAUACAGUAUUACUCCCUGGACCUAUCUGUCUAUUAAGUAUUGUCUUUCUAUCUUAUUUUAUCUUCUUUAAACAAGGUAUAAUUUAUAUUUUUGUAAUAUUAUCCAUUAGGCUUAAGAAUUAAUAUUAAGAAGUGUAUUAUCACAAUACAUAAUAAAUACAAGAGUUCAUAUUUUCGUUUAAAUAUCUAUGUAUGAAAAUGUUUACUCUCAAAUAAAAUUAUUAUAGUAAUUUUACGCAUAAUACGACCGUAUUUUUUUUAAAAGACUAAUAAUUGUGUUACUUACUGUUAUUUAGAAAUUCAUAUUAGUAUAUUUUGUAAAGAAAUAAUUACUUCAAAAAAAUUGUCAAUGGAUACCCAUGUCAAUGUAAUUAACGUAUCACAAUAUUUAGCAAUUCCUUUCUUUCAUAUCGCUAAGGCCUAAAUUGCUCAGAGAUUAGAUAAAUUACGGCAUUUACCACAAUUAAUUCAUAAAUAUAUUUUAUACAAUUACAAUACAAUAAUGGUAAUGAUUAUUUAUACAAAUUAAUUGGUCAAUAUUGUAGGUUUAGUAAAUACAUAAAAUUAUAAAUUGAUUAUUUUAUUAGUUAAAAAUAUGUCUAUAUGUAUAAUAAGAAUUAUAAUAUGUUUGUGCUUAAUUAAAAUGUAUAUGUACCAGACUACAACGCCAACUGUAUUGUGGAUUCGAAUUCCGCGGAGGACUAAUGUUUGUGUGAUGAGCACUUGCAUUAAUUACACGUAAUCCAUGAUGUUUGUAGUGUGUGUAUUAUGUAUAGUACCUAUUUAAGUAUGUUUAUUAUCGGUUAUCUAGUCGCCAAAGUAAAAGCUUUGCUUAGUUUGGGGCUAGGUGAUUGGUGUGAUGAUUGGGACAAAUUAUAGGUAAAACUAUAUUUUGAGUAGCACUAUAACUACCAAGGUGCCAUUUACAUCAUUCAUUGACAUCUUUACAUUAAAUAGAGCAUAGCCCUAUUUUGUAAAUAUUAUAGUAUACUGUACAACGUCUCACUUUUGUACGGCUCCCAUUGGUAGUUGGUGACAUUCCAUGGAAAUCGACUGGCCAUGAGACGUUUGACGGCCUGUACUAUGUUAAUUGUACCUGUAGCUAAAGGUGUUGGUUUAUGACUUAAUUUUUUUUAACUGUAGUCUGAUUAAGUUAAGCUUGCUGAUGUUUUUUUCUUCCAAUAUCAUCGAAAGUAGUUCUUGUCAUUUUCUAUUGGUCAUUGUGGUUUAGACAUAGUUAAACUUCAGACAUAUUUUUUCACUUCAUUUCAAACUGUUAUAUUUCUAGUGAUUGUAUUAAAUCAAUGUUGACAUAAUAAUUUCACCAAAGAUUCUUUUUUGUAGUUUUUUUAAUAUAUUGAAUUAGAUAAAAUAAUUAUUAUUAUCAAGUAACAUAUUAAAAUAAGUCGGUGCCUGGGUUAGAUGCGCGUUGAUGGAAACAGUGUCGUAGUCACAUUUCAAAAAGUCCACGCCCACGGGACAAAAUACCUUGGACACAACUUUUGUGACUAGUUUUAUUGAAGCACUUUGAAAAUGCGGACAAUUUGUCCCGUACCACGCAUUGCCUCGCACUUGGUUAUUCUAUUUUUAUUUUGUUACAUAAGAUAUUAUUAAUGAACUGGAAUGUUGUUUAAACAUGUACAUAGUAAUUAUCACCCACUAAAAUACGUCAGCCAUCAUUUUAAAAAAAAUAGCAAUGUAAAUGGAAACACGAAUUUUGGAAAUCAUAAUUUAUUUAUUUCGAGAUCUCGACAGUUAAAAAGAGUCAGUAGUUAAUAUAAAAUUUUCUUUUUACACAGUGUGUUAAUGGAACUAAUUAAUGGAAUUUAUUUUAUCAUUAUCAUCAUCAACAGCCCUUUACAGUCCACUGCUGGACUAUGAGCCUCCUCCAUUAUAGUGGAGGGUUUUGUCAUAAUCUCCAUUCUCUAAUUUAUUUUAUAUCUUUUAACAAUUAUUUUUUUGUUUAAACAUAGGUACUUCUAAUUUUCCUUCAGGUUUAUUCGCUCUUUUUGCCGGCUUAUUCCACUAUUCCCCGUUGACAAUCCCCGUCAACGGGGAAUAGUGAACUUUUUGUUCACUAAUCCCCGUUAACGCCAAUGGGAGCUUAUAAUGGGGAAUAAUGAACUAAAAAGUUCAUUAAUCCCCGUUAUAUUAGGAUUUUAUUUUGUACGUAAUGUUGAUUAAUGAACUGUUUAGUUCAUUAUUCCCCAUUAUAAGUUCCAAUUUAACGUUAACGGGGAAUAGUGAACAAAAAGUUCACUUAUCCCCGUUGACAAUCCCCGUCAAAUAGUGGAAUAAGCCUUUUUGCCGAUACUUCACUAAUCAUUAUUGACGAAUGUACCUACAUUAUGUAGGUAUCGACACAAAUAAUACCGCUGAAACCUUGAAAUUGUAGCAAUGAAACAAAUCAUAAAAUUGUGUUAGAUUGUUGUUUAUAUUUAGUAGUCUGCUCAUAAUUUACUGGAAUUUGAAUCAUAGUGUUAAAUGAACAGUAGAACAACCCCUGAAACCAACCUAUGUGUAUGUGCUCAGUUUUAUGUUUUAAUACCGGCCUAACCAAUAAGUUUUUAAGGUUUAGCUAGACUUGUUAAAACCAACUUUAACACGUCCAAUUUUUAUAUAAAAUAAGAUCAUUAUGGUGGCAAUGUAUUUUUAAAUUAAACCCGGGAAGUGUUUGUUUAUGAAAAUCUAGUACAUCAUCGACCAUGCAUGAAACAUUACAUUGAUUUUAUAUUAUUAUUAUGUAGAUUUGUAUUAACUGUGUCCGUGUCAAAACAUUUUAUCGUAUAUAAAGUUUUAUCAACUAAAGGAAUUGAUCUUAAACAUAAUAUUUAUCGUAAUUAUAAUUACAACUUAUAAGAAUGGUAACCAUUUAGUGGCGGUUUGAGAGUCGGAAGUACAUUUAUAGUUGUCUAUAUCUAUAAUAUUAAUCAUAACAACAUAUCUGGUGCACGCAAGUCGAUAGAACGAAUGUGAUUGUAAUACUAUGUUAUAAACGUCCACAUUUUCUACUGAAACAAAGUACUUACAAAUGGCCAAAAUAUUAAACAAUUAUCACCUUCACUUGUUAGAUUGUUCUUGUUAAAGUACUCUUUUUUAACUAAUUUUGAAUACAAUUUAAUUUAGUUACACCCCUAUAAUCUUUAUCUAUCCUUGUUCAAAGUACAAAAUUUUUAGUGAUGUUUGUAGAUAGUAACUGCUUGCAUCUCACCAUUUAGGAUAUUAGACGAUUUUCAAACUUAGAAAGCACAAAAAUAUUCAAAUGCAAAAAAUUGGUAGUUUGCUAAAUUAAACUUGCACCAUAAAGUACCAGAUUAUGUAGAUUUCAACAACAUGGAUACUUGCCCCAAAAAACUUACUACCAUAAGUAGCCUUAAGUUUUAGUAAUUUAUUGCUAUUUUUAUGUAAUAAUAAUUAAAUAAAAAUUGGGAAUAAUGUUCAUAAAUAUUGGACAGAGCUUGCCCACAAACUUGUUAUAAUAUACUAAAGGAAUAUUUUCAUACUGACUCACAAACACUUGAUGUUUAUAUAAGUAGUUUUUCUAUACCACACUGUAUCUGUAGUAAGAGUGUAAUCACAAGUUGAAUCUGUUAAUGUUUAUUAUAAAUUGUAACUAGUGGGAGCUGUGAACAGGACCACAGAGUCGACCUCAUAUUGUGUAAUGCUUAUAGUGAUGUGUUAAUGUUGCAUUGUCACAUUCAUCUAUUUUUCUAUCUCUGAAUAGAAAUGAAAUUUCUACAAAAUAGUAAUGAAUUGUUGUUUAUAGAAAGAACUCAUAUUGAAUUAGAUGUGUAAAAUAAAUAUAUUGUUGACAUUGCUUA